AAAGAGGGGCCAGGACCCCGAAAAUGAGCCGGUUUUCAGGUAGCUCCAAUAAGUAUAGUUCCAUAUCAAGCCUGACUCGGCCUGAGGCCUGAGGGUCGUUUAAUGGUUUAUGUAUCAAGUCAGCAUGUCGCUUGACAAAGGCUCAUAUAGUGUAAAAGCACCUUUUCCCAUCAAGCCUUGCAGUUGUCUGGCCCAUCAUCUGCACCCGCAAGGCUCUCUCUAGUGUUCUCAGCACUGAUUCGCCUGGAUGGUCACCGCUGAUUCACCUCAUAUGCUAACACUGAACGACGAGGCCGUACCUCUGAUCCAUGCAGGGGCCCCUAAAAAGCCUAAAAAGCCUCUUCCAAAACUCCAGACAAGCAUACUUAUGAUGCUGCAACUUGCGGACACUACAGCUUCAGCGUCUAUAUACCCGUACAUCAAUCAGCUUAUUAGAGAGCUUGACAUCACUGGAGGUGACGAUGCAGCUAUAGGGUACUAUGUUGGAGCAAUUGAUUCUCUGUUUUUCCUCGCCCAGGCGCUGACAAUGUUGAAGUGGAGUCGAUUGUCUGACCGUAUUGGACGCAAGCCAGUAUUAUUGGUUGGACUAUCAGGAGCUUGCAUGUCGAUGCUAUGUUUCGGCCUCUCGACGACUUUCUGGAGCCUGAUCAUCAGCCGCUGCAUGGGCGGUUUACUGAAUGGCAAUAUUGGAGUCAUGAAGACUGUGAUGGGUGAAUUGACUGACUCUACAAAUAUGGCUCAGGGUUUUGCCCUGUUUCCAAUGGUCUGGUCCGUCGGAAACUUUGUCGGCCCUUUAAUGGGCGGAAUGCUCGCGCGACCACAGGAUCACUGGCCCGGAUUAUUCACCAAUCCCUUUUGGGGGAAAUACCCAUAUUUUCUUCCUUGCGUAGUGUCUACCUGUCUGCUUCUCUUGGCCUUCUUCAUGUUGUUGCGCUUCUUAGAGGAAACAUUAUCGACCAAGCGUCGACCAAAGUUAACGUCAACCACGCUCGGUGUUUCAAAUAGUGCCAACAGUGAUGGUCAGGAAGCGUUUGCGCAACAAUCCAUGGCAAAUAUGCCCUUGCGGUCUCUGCUCACACCUGCCAUUGUUGUUCCAAUCGCAAACUACGCCAUGCUGUGCUUCCUUGACAUGUCUUUCAGGGCCAUAUUACCGCUAUUCCUUUCCACGCCCACCGAUCUCGGGGGCCUUGGUCUUGCUCCUUCUUCUAUUGGUUCGUGGCUGGCAUUCUGCGGGAUCGUGGAUGGUGUCUUUCAGGGAUUGUUCUUCGCCAAAAUUGUUGAUCGAUUUGGUCCAAAGCAUUCAUUUUGUGUGUCAGUGUCGUGCUUCGCACCACUCAUGUUGGUGUUUCCGAUAAUGUCGUGGCUGGUACACGCAAGAGGGAUAGUUGAUUAUGCAAUUAUGUAUGCCUUGCUUGUCCAACUAGUUCUGACAGUAACAUGGGAUAUGGCAUUCGGAACUGCCUUGAUGUUUAUCACAGCCUCUGCCCCCGCGAAGAAUGUCCUUGGCGUUGUGAAUGGUCUCUGCCAAACCUCCGGAGCAGUGGCCCGUGCGGUUGGGCCCGCCUUAGCGACUUCGCUGUUUGCAUUUUCAAAGGAACACAAUCUUCUCAAUGGAAAUGCAGUAUAUGUCGUCUUUAUUAUGCUGGCUGGUGUAUUGAGGUGGCUGGGCUCACAGCUACCAGAUGAAAUACAAGAUAGGGAUGAGUGAAAGAGAAAUUUGAAUGUCCCUAUCCGAGUGCCCC